CUGAACCGUCAGCCAUUUUCUGCAGAAUGUUUUGCCUGAUGAAAAAUUCGAUGUAAAUAUGGCUUACUUUGAAUCAACAUUCUGUAAAGAUGGCUUCAUUGUGUGGAUCUACAGCUAUACAGGAAUAUCAGACUACAUUAUGCACGAUAUGUUUAGUAACAUAGUUUUUGAAGCAUGAUGUGUUUUUCUGAAUGGAAACGAAAAAGACAGUGAAUAACUCGCAUGAAGACAUUGACUAUAUAGUGAACUUGUGUCAGAGAAGGGCAGUGCUGUGUGUGAACGGUCGGCUUAAGGCUAUUGUGUUAGAUGAUGGGAUGAAGGCCUGGGCAGUGGUGGUGUGAUAUUAUGGAUCCUAACCACCGGAAUGCCCAGCCUAUGGGAGCCGGCAUGUCCCAUAUGUUCCCUGUGGCCCAGGGGACAGGGUACGAGCUGCAGUAUGGGCAGGUGCAGGGAUUCCAGCAGGCACAGAACAAACCCUUCAACAUACCUGGCAUGAUGGGAAAUAACGCCUUCAUCCCAAAUUAUCCCAUGAUGCACCAAGGCCAGGGGUCUGUUCUCGCUAAUGUUCAGGGCGGGAUGCCGACAGCCGGGUCAGGUAGCACUGGAGCUCUGCCGUCCAUGGGGACGUUUGUUGGUAAUUUUAAUCAGGCUAAUAUCACCAUGGGGCAUUGUGUGCUGCCCAACACUGGCUAUAAAGGUCUGGACAGUUGGCACAGUCCCUCCCAGCAGUCUGCAGGGGCAGUCAACGCUCUGCCUAGCUUUGGACACUUUCUCAUGCAUCAGCCAUACCAGCAACCCUCUACACAGCAACAACACCAACAACAACAACAACAGCUUCAGCAACAACAACUGCAACAACAGAUCUUUCAAACCAAUCAAAACCAAAAUCGAUUCCCAAGCGCCUUACUACAACAUGGAAAUCUAGGCCAAUUUGUACCCAAUUCCUCAAAUGUUUCUGGAAUGAUUGCAAACCUUGGAAAUCAACCGCAAAGCUUCAGCAGCGUAAAUAUGAAAAUCAACAUGAGUGCUAAUCUGGUUGGUAACUUCAGCCAGUUUUCUAACGCUAAUGUGAUGGGAUGUCAAAACCUGCCUGGACCUGCUAAUCCUUGUGGUGCUACAGUGCUGAAUUCGUCUCAAGUCCCCAGUAGUAGUGUUACUCCCUGUCUACAGCCACAGUUGACGUUAUCAUCCCCGCCCAUCAUGUCUUCGCACGUUGCUGCCAGCUGUAACCAGGUUACCAGCACCACUUCCUCUGUCAUCACCAUCAACAGCACUACGUGUACAACACCUGUCAUAGCACACAUGCAUAGCACGUCUGUUACGCCAGCUGUCGUUCCGUCAACGCAUGUCACCAUGGCAACAUCACAUAGCAACAUAUCGGCUGUGGUAGACAGGAAGUUGGUGGGCACAUCAAUAACAAAAAAGGAACCAUAUCUACUAGGUUGUGAUUAUAAGGGACAGGAGGAUAUAAAACCUACACUUCAGUGUUCUAGUAAAGGAGGGUCAGACACUCCAGGUCAGUCAGGCCCACCCUCAUCUAACCAUGUGAUCAUCCCCUUUGGUUGGAGAAGGGUAGUGGAAGAAGGUGCUAUUGUCUACUACAGUCCAAGUAAUACCAAAUUGUCUUCAACUCAAGAGAUUGGUCAGUAUUUGUCCAGAGAAGGUACAUGCAAGUGUGGGCUGGAAUGUCCAGUGAUGGUGGACAAAGUGUUCAGUUUUGACAUAACAAUUCAAUCAAGGCAGUGGAUGUUAGACGUUCAUUGUGCAGAAGAUCUGACCAAACUUUGUAAUCAUAAACGAAAAAUAAUUGCCAUGGCGACAUUUCAGAACAGUCGAACAUUUCAAUCCUCAUUACCAGUGACAUCACCUGUGUCAACACAAUGUGUGACGAGUGUGGCUAUCAGUUCCAGCUUAUCUACAUCAACUACCACCAGUAUUACAACCCCGGUCCCCUGCAACUCCAAAAAAGAAAGCAAGGGGAAGAAGAAAAAGGGCAGAAGCGGCAGCCAAAAUCCAUAUGACCGCCUCCUAGUCUCCGAGCUUUUGGCACAGAGAGAAAAGUUAAAAAACUCUGCCCUUCAGGCUGCUAACAGGGAGAAAAUAACCAGUCCCAACACCUCAGAAGCCCUUACAGCUGGACUUGGCCAGGGAGGAAUGAGCGGGAGCAGACAGGUCUCCGGGGAUCCCUUUACUGAACAUCUGCCAAACUGCAAACAGGACAGUAAAUCGCCAGGCGCUCUGAGUGAUGGGUCAUAUGUCAAAUCAGGGUCAGCCAGCAGUGAUCCCAGCGAUGACCUGGGACCUAUCAGUUCUAGCAAGGUUGUAAAGCUGGACUUCAGUCAUGGCCGUGCCAGUCAAGAGGACUGUAGCAUCCCUCCUGGGUCGAGCAUACCCAGUGAUAAUAGCCCUGGACAGACUAGCCACUUUCUUCAGCAUCAGAACCAGCUAACGGUACAGACAGUGUUCUCUCAGGAACAUCUCAAAGAGCAAGUUUUCAUUCAGCAAUCUCCGACAAAUCCACUACGUAACUCGCCUGGCUAUGGAUUCAUUCCCCCAAACCAUACACUCCCCUGUGGCAACUUUGGUUCUAACAUCCCAUGUGGAAGCUCCCCAGUGAAUGUUCCCCAGAAUAUGGGUGUGGUUGUUCAAGGUGUUCAUCAGGGCAACUUUCCAGUGUACCAGCUCCAGAAUGCAUCUAACAGAUUCAUGAAUCCACAGCUGGAUCAGAACCAUAUAAUGGCUGGAACACCAUAUCACAUGAAUGCUAUGCAUGGAAUGGGGUUUGGAGGACGGCCACCUUUUAGUGUGAGUCCACAACAGUCUAUGUAUCAUCCGCCAAACCCAGUCUAUCAGUCUGUCGACCCUUUAUGGACAGAGAAAAAGAAAAGCAAACCCAAGAAAUCAAAGGCAAAAAAGGAGAAGCAAAAAGUGAACAGUGUAUUUGAAAGUGAUACACCUCCCCCAAAUGUUGAUGUUAGUCAACUCCACGAUCAGGGGAGAGGUCCGAUUCCAAAAGUCAAAUCUUCGUCAUCUUUUCUAGAAAAUCCCACAGCUUUUUUAGCCGAGCAGACUGCACUUAUAAGUAAUUCAAUGACCUCUACUCUUUCUAGUCCUACCUGUUCUGCGGGCAACACAUCUGAGAGCACUUCCACUUCUGUCAGUAAAGACGGAAAAAAUGACACUGUUGACGGCGAUGUUGUCAUCAAGGCCAAAUCUGUAUCUCAGACAUCCAGUAGUUCUGUGAUGAACACUACCAGCAUUUCACUUCCAAAGCCUAUCUUUACCUCGACACAAGCAUUAGCACCGGUGUGUGGGGGCACAGUGGUCAUGUCCAAAGAAUCCUCAUCAUUCAUCAAACCUUCACAGCAUCCAUUAGAAAGUGCAGGCAUAUUCCUGAAAUUACCCAGCACAAUAUCUGAAUCUCAUAUACAACUGCCCGACACCAAUCAGGACAUGUUUACCAAGGACCGUUGUGAGUCACUGUCGCCUGACUCGGGCAGUGAAAGUUUGGUGUUUACAGAGACAAUCACACCAAGUUCUGUGGUACACCACACUCCGUCAAACACUGAGGAGGACGGUGGAAGUAAGAAUGACUCACAAACUAAAGAUAAGAAUUUCCCAACUGACAAAACUGUGGUGACAACACAAGUAUUAAAUGUGACUGGACAUAAUGUGUCAAUGCCAUGUAAAACUGUGAAUGACGACCACACUCGAGAGAAAUCAUCACCACUGGACACUAGCGGGCCAAGAUUUAACAGGAAUGCUGGCGGCACAAACCUGAUACAACAGAUGCUUGGACAUCACAGCUCGACUGAAUUCCCAGCCAGUAAUCUGCUGUCGGCUGCUGCCCGGGCACAAAUGGUACAACAACAACACAGUCACAUGAACAUCAUGAUAAACCAACAACAACCUGUGCCCAAUAUUCAGAUCAGCCAGUCGUUCCCAAUGGCCAUCAACCCUGGUUCCUCCCUGCCUGUGGGGGUGGACGGAAAGUUAGCACCAACCUCAACUGUUAUCGGAGCUGGAGCUGACUGUGGGCCUAUGAUAGUCAAUCAAAGUUUAUCUGGUGGUCUAGGUGUUGUCACCAAUCCUUCACACUCCGGUAGCAUUGUGUCUGCAUUACAGGGUCAGGCUUCAACAGAUUGUUCUUCUUCCCUGCCUACCUCUUUUGGGAAAAGCUACACCGGAGAACAGGAUUCUGAGACCUGUGGGCCAGGCACUGACACGAUAUCUAAGAUUCUUGCACAGCCUGUAAAUGGUAUCAACACGACAGCAUUACUAAAACAAGGCAAUUUUGAUGGCAAUCUGAUGAAACAUCUUGGUAGUUUACCUGUGCAGUCUGUGAUGGGUCCUGCCAGCAUGAAUACACUGGACCAUGUCCAGACUAACAGUGUAAACACACCCAUGCCACCAAUAUCCCUGCCGCUUGUUACUGCUGUGACCAACUCCCUAACACAAGUUAUCCCAGCAAUAGGCACCAAUGGCUCUCAGAACCUCCUCAGUCAGCAAGCCAUGAUGAAUCUCUUCAACAACCUGGGACUCAAUACGAUGCAGAAUAGCUCGGCCAACAAUCAGGGUGCCCAGAUGGUGUUGACCGGUCAAGUCCUACCACAGGAUAACAUGUCAUGUUUAUCACUGGUAAACAGUGCAGUUGGACCGAAUACCUAUCUAAACGGCAUCAACCAGUCCCAAUUCCAGCGCUUCAUUGGCUGUAACAACCUCGCACAAAAUAUUGACAUGGGUAACAUGGUCUCUGGCCAGCGUGACUUGAUGGACCCAAACGUUCUCAACAAAGCUGGUCCAACAAUGACCCAGUUGAUACCAUCAGACCACCAGGGAGGAGCCAUGCAGAUGAAAUCAGCCAUGGCAACACAGUCAGAUGACCUACAAGAUCAGGUCAACAAGAUGCAGUUGCCAUGUGAACAGGUGCUGCCCUCUGUGACUACCUCAUCUGGUCAGAUGGUGCUACUCCCAAAUGUGCAGAUGCCUCUGUUGCAGGUACUUAAUGCCAACCAGAUGUCAGCAGCCUCUAACCCUGCCAUGCUGGACAAGACAGCUGGCUGUGGCAUACAGCAGCAGCCCUACCCCAUACAGAGCCAGGCUGACAUCCAAGCCUUGAUUGGUCAGCUGCAGGCUGGGCUUACCCAGGUGGGCACACCCCUGAACAUGAUGAAUGUCCAACAAGUGUGGAACAACUUGACCACAGGCAGCAACCUGACUGCAAUGCAACUGCAGACACUUCAGCUUCAGCAGCAGUUACUUCAGCAGAUUCAGCAGCUACAGGGGAUGCAGACGCUUAUCAGUCAGUUUAACAUGCAGAGUAACCCCGGCAACCCCCUCACUAGUAUGGCCAACAAAACUGCCUCCACUACAGUCAGCAAUGGCCUGGCAGCUGUUGCCAUCACCACGGGAAAUAGUACAGAAACUUGUCUCACCAUGGACGGCAAAACCUUUCUCACACAUCCGGUAACAGGAGAGAACAUUGUUAUGCCUCUGAGAACUGCCGCUGAUAUGAGUGCAUCUGAUUUAAAAGUGGACAUUCCAACAUCAACAGUUAUAAGCAAUAUUGAAAACAGACCAGAUUCUUUUGAUUCUACGUUUGAAAGACAUGAUGGAAAAACCAAUGAAAGUGAUGACUGCAGGACUAACGUGAGCUCCUCUGUAUUGGAAGGUUCAGCGAGUUCAGACACUUCAUUGGAUGUACAAGCCUCUGAAAUGCUGAGUGCAACAUCUAAUACAGCAUCAUUCUGUGGUACUCUGCCCAACACAGCUCACCUGUCAUCUAGUGUGAAAUCCUCUGGUACCUUCCUGUCCUGCUCAAGCAGUCAGAGAAAUACUACAGAUGAUACUCUCAAUGGUACACAAUGUUCGCUGGUCACCACUUCCUGUAUCUCCGAACAAGACGUGUCUCCUCAAAGUAGCAAUAAUUCAUCAGUUUCUGACGACUCCAAUAAAGCAGAGGAUGGCCAUGAGAGAUAUGGGCACUGUGAACAAGACAUCACAGAUGGAAGUGUGUCACUAUGUAAGCAAUCUGCGUCCUUAACAACAGAGAGACAAAUGUGUGUUGACCAGUGCUUUGACGGCGCCGCAGACCGGCAUAAUUCUGAUUGUGCCGUGCCCAGAUCAUUAUGCUCUGAAUCAGAGAUGCAAGAGACUUGCAACCGAGCCACCUCUUCAUGCAAUACCAGUUCUAAAUGUGAAGGCAUACCAAAACUGAAGUCUAAAAGCAAUGCUAGCAAGGUUAAAUGUGCAACUACUACUCACCGUGCAUUUGAUUGCAGUAGUGAACCAUCUAGCAGAAACCAAACAAAUUCCUCAAGUUUUAAAAUCAGCGACGGCAACCAGCAAAGUCGACCUUGUCCUCAGUUAGGUGUAAGCACUGUGUCCUCAACAGUAGGUGCUGUCAACAAAGAAGACAAAAUCCGCCAAAAAUCUAGUCCAGAGCAUGACCCAAGCAUUGCAGAAAAACCAAAGGAGGCAAACCUUCCAUCAGAUGUUGUCACAGCGACCAAGUCUGACCUUGGACACAGGGUUGAGGUCAACUUCUUCCAAGCCAAUCACCUAAUGAACACUGUGGAACUCUCCAGUGAGCGUGCCCAGAAGGCAGCUGAUGCUCUCACUCUCGUCAACAGGGUGGGCAAACGAUCACGGGAGAUUGACACGGAUUCAUUCGAUGAUGAAGACAGCUCGUCGUCGGAGAUGUCACUGUCAUCCUACCCUCACAACUUCACUGCUGGCGACCUGGUGUGGGGACAGAUCAGGGGUUUCCCAUCCUGGCCGGGCAAGGUUGUGGACGAGAGAGAGGUCAAGGAAGGGCAUGCUCCUGAUGCUGGCAAGUGCUGGGUACAAUGGUUUGGUGACCACACGUUCACAGAGGUAGAACCAGACAAGCUGAAGAGUCUGUCUGAGGGGCUGGAGGCUCACCACCGCGCCAGGAAAAAGUAUAGAAAGGGAAGAAAAAUGAACUCGAACCUGGAGGCGGCCAUCCACGAGGCUAUGACUGAACUGGACAGACAAGCCCAGGAAACGGAGAGUAAGAUCCAGGCUAAAACGGCCAUCCGGGGCAAGACUAACAAGAAACGCAAAGCUAGAUGACCUGUUGCUUCUCUAGGAUGAAAAUUGGGUUAUUUAAUUACAGAGUUAUUGUUUUGUUUGAUAAUAUAUCACUGCAUUGAAUUACUGGGAAAGACUGCUAUAACAAAGUUGUUAUAAGUGGCAUUUUAAGACUGAAUUUCUAGACACUUUCAUUAAGGUGUUCCCAGAAUGUAACUAGUUUACAUAUUUAAUAUGAAUCGAUUACACUGAAGGAUGUUGAAGACGUUGCAUUAUGUGAAUGAAUUAUGAUAUUUAGUAUGAUGCUUAGUUAUUUGCUUGAAAGAUGUAAUAUUGAUCAUGUACCGAUAGAAACAUGUUUAGUUUUGUGAUAAGUCGAGAUUGCAGUUGCGGGUUGAUAGAUUUUACUGCAAGUUUAAUGAUGAAAUGUGGAUGAAAAAACACGAACGUAUGAACAACUUGAUAAACAUUUUCUUCUGUGUAAUGAUGGAGACAUCUGAAAAAUUGUGAUAUUUUUUGGUUGAUUGUCCACCAUAGGGUCACAUGACACAGAAACUGAAGCAGUACUCCCUGGAACGGUGUUGGGGAAGAUCUUCAGAUGCAAUACAUUAACAUAGGUUUGUCAAUGUGGUACAGUGUUAAAUGUUAACAUCCUUUCAUCAUUUCUUUCUUAAGUUCUUAACAAGUUGAACGAAACAAAAACUGUGUUGUUAGCCUCAAACCCCCAGGCUAUGAUAUUAAGUAUUGCCUAGUUAUGAUAAAACAUAAAAUGUUUUUUCUUGGUUUGUUAGUAAAAAUAUAUAUACAUAUGAUGUAAUAUAUGUGAUCAAAUAAUUUCAAAUUUCUCACACUACUAAAUCAUACAAAAAUCAGUAAAAAAAACCAAUUUUGUCAUGAAUAGUGUGCUGGUAAGAAAUCGGUAAACACACCACCACAAGUAAAUGAGCACAACUAACAAUAUUGUGAGUGUACUCAUAAUGAUGAUAAUUGAAUUUUAAAGUGUUGUUAGAUCUUGGUAUCAGUGUGAGAUCUUGCGCAUUCCAAACAGGAGAUUGAUUUUCUUACACGACAGAGUCUCGUCUGCAGACUCCAGUAGCAUGCAUGGUGAAAAGGACUGGUCAAUUCCACUUGUGAUGUGGGUUUGUAGUCAAUUCCACUUGUGAUGUGGGUUUGUAGUCAAUUCCACUUGUGAUGUGGGUUUGUAGUCAAUUCCACUUGUGAUGUGGGUUUGUAGUCAAUUCCACUUGUGAUGUGGGUUUGUAGUCAAUUCCACUUGUGAUGUGGGUUUGUAGUCAAUUCCACUUGUGAUGUGGGUUUGUAGUCAAUUCCACUUGUGAUGUGGGUUUGUAGUCAAUUCCACUUGUGAUGUGGGUUUGUAGUCAAUUCCACUUGUGAUGUGGGUUUGUAGUCAAUUCCACUUGUGAUGUGGGUUUGUAGUCAAUUCCACUUGUGAUGUGGGUUUGUAGUCAAUUCCACUUGUGAUGUGGGUUUGUAGUCAAUUCCACUUGUGAUGUGGGUUUGUAGUCAAUUCCACUUGUGAUGUGGGUUUGUAGUCAAUUCCACUUGUGAUGUGGGUUUGUAGUCAAUUCCACUUGUGAUGUGGGUUUGUAGUCAAUUCCACUUGUGAUGUGGGUUUGUAGUCAAUUCCACUUGUGAUGUGGGUUUGUAGUCAAUUCCACUUGUGAUGUGGGUUUGUAGUCAAUUCCACUUGUGAUGUGGGUUUGUAGUCAAUUCCACUUGUGAUGUGGGUUUGUAGUCAAUUCCACUUGUGAUGUGGGUUUGUAGUCAAUUCCACUUGUGAUGUGGGUUUGUAGUCAAUUCCACUUGUGAUGUGGGUUUGUAGUCAAUUCCACUUGUGAUGUGGGUUUGUAGUCAAUUCCACUUGUGAUGUGGGUUUGUAGUCAAUUCCACUUGUGAUGUGGGUUUGUAGUCAAUUCCACUUGUGAUGUGGGUUUGUAGUCAAUUCCACUUGUGAUGUGGGUUUGUAGUCAAUUCCACUUGUGAUGUGGGUUUGUAGUCAAUUCCACUUGUGAUGUGGGUUUGUAGUCAAUUCCACUUGUGAUGUGGGUUUGUAGUCAAUUCCACUUGUGAUGUGGGUUUGUAGUCAAUUCCACUUGUGAUGUGGGUUUGUAGUCAAUUCCACUUGUGAUGUGGGUUUGUAGUCAAUUCCACUUGUGAUGUGGGUUUGUAGUCAAUUCCACUUGUGAUGUGGGUUUGUAGUCAAUUCCACUUGUGAUGUGGGUUUGUAGUCAAUUCCACUUGUGAUGUGGGUUUGUAGUCAAUUCCACUUGUGAUGUGGGUUUGUAGUCAAUUCCACUUGUGAUGUGGGUUUGUAGUCAAUUCCACUUGUGAUGUGGGUUUGUAGUCAAUUCCACUUGUGAUGUGGGUUUGUAGUCAAUUCCACUUGUGAUGUGGGUUUGUAGUCAGUUCCACUUGUGAUGUGGGUUUGUAGUCAGUUCCACUUGUGAUGUGGGUUUGUA